CAAAACCCCUUCUCCUUCUUCCUCAUGACCUUUCCUUAGAGAUGGAAGAAGUUCAAAUCAUCUCCACAUGUUUAGUUGAAGCAACAUCAAAUGAAUCAAUCUUUGACAAAAACACCCCAAAAGUUUCUAAAAUUGAUAUGACACCAUGGGAUUUACGAUUCCUCCUUCAUGACACUAUCCAAAAAGGUCUCCUUUUCUGCAAACCAAAAGAAGAAAUUAUUCCCAAAUCAUCAUUCAUUGAACAUUUAAAAAAAUCACUUUCUAGCACUUUACACUUUUUUCCUCCAUUAUCUGGCCGUUUCUCCACCGUUAAAAACGCCAACGAUACAGUUUCUUUCUUCAUCAAUUGUAACAACGCUGGCGUGGAAUUCACCCACGCAGUUAGUCCAAAAUUAACUGUUUCUACAAUUCUUGAUUCUACACACGUACCACUUAUUGUUCACCAUCUUUUUCCACUCAAUAAGGUUCGUAAUUUCGAAUGUGUUACUAAGCCUUUAUUUGGUGUACAAGUAACUGAGCUAGUUGAUGGUUACUUUAUCGGGUGCAGUAUGAGUCAUAGCUUAGCAGAUGGUACUUGUUUUUGGCAUUUCUUGAAUUCUUGGUCUGAAAUAUCUCGUGGGUACGAAGUUAUUUCCAAGUUCCCAGUUUUACAACGUUAUUUUCCCGAGAAAAUGAAUCUUCCAAUUCAUCUUCCCUUAAAGCUAGAUGAUGAAAAAUUGUUUGAAGUAUUUGAAGUUCCAACUUUGAUGGAGAGGAUUUUUCAUCUUAGUAAAGAAAGUAUAGCUAAACUCAAAGCAAAAGCAAAUUAUGAAAUGGGUGUUAAAUCGAUUUCUUCUUUACAAGCUUACUUGGCUCAUCUAUGGCGCUCUGUUACUCGUUGUCGUAAUCUUGAUGCUAAGGAAGAAGUCAUCAUUAACCUUAUCAUAGGUGCGAGAUCAAGGCUAAAUCCUCCUCUUCCAGAAGGCUAUUUUGGAAAUGCAAUUCAUGCCAAGCAAGUCAAGACAACUGCAGAAGAGCUACUAGAAAAUGGACUAGGAUGGGCUGCAAUGCAAAUGAACAAGACAGUUAUCUCACAAAACUCUGACGAAGUGGUGAAAAUGUACAAAGGGUGGGUUGAAAAUCCAAUUUUAUUCACUAAGAACUCAGUAUUUGUGGGGAGUAAAUUAAGAAUUAGCAGUUCACCAAGAUAUAAUAUUUAUGGUACUGAUUUUGGUUGGGGAAAACCAGUUGCAGUGAGGAGUGGGAUGGGAAAUAAAAGUGAUGGGAAGAUUACUUUAUUUCCUGGUAUAGAAGAAGGGAGUGUGGAUAUUGAAGUUUGCAUUUUGCCAGAGAUUUUACAAGCAAUGGAGAAUGAUCAAGAAUUUAUGGAAGCUGUAACUAAGACUUAAGACU